AUGCCUUCACCAGAGCAAGAGUCGUUGACGGCAUCUCUUGCCUCGAAACGAGAGUCCUGCAGUGCAGCUAGCAAUUUUACUGAGCCUACGAAGGAAGCUUUCGCGGCAGGAGCCUCGGAAUCAGCCAUUGAAGAGACAUUGAGCCGCGCCUGGUAUAGCCUCAUUGAUGUUGCUGCGGACACCUGCCAUCAGUCACAAGGGCCGUUAGUUGAUAUUGUGCUAGCGGUGCAGCUGGAGAAUCUCGCAGAGCAAGAAGGUGCGAGUGAGUGUACGGUCUGGGGAAAUAAAGUCAAGGUAUGGAAGGAUCUGCCACUCUUUGGCCCUUCUAUGAGGGAGGCUUGGAAUAGAGCUCCUGGGAAUGGAUGCAAGAACGACUUCUCAGCUGAGCAGUGGUGCAACUUGAACGCCUUCGCUGCCCGCCUUACUGCCGUUUCUCAAUCAAUACCUGUUUUGGAUUUCUCGUUGUAUGCAAUCUGGACAUUGCGGUCCGCUUUCGAAGGCACGGAUGAACCGUCGUCGGCAGAUGUAGAUGCUGCCAAGGUUUGGUUCUUAUAUGCCAGGGACACAAUAAAAAGAUUGGGCCGGGAGGAGAAGAUAUUUGACGGUAAGAAAGCCAAAGGUGGGGAUAAAUACAAAGACAAGGAAUGGAGGGGUUUCAAUCCCCAGAGGCUAGAAGUUUGGGAAGCAGCACUUCGUUGA